AUGGAUAUACCAGUCUAUAGAGGUUGUGACCAUUCCAUAAUACCACCUAACUUCGAACAUAGACAUUUUCAUGGUCUAGAUGGUUUUGGAGAUGUUGCAAAUUUACCGUAUGUGACAAAGGUCCAGCAUCCAAAUAAAAUCGAUUUCAUAUUGGUUGGGCCCCUAACCAAUUUUGCUGUUUGCAUUAAUAUGUACGGAAAACAGUUUUUGGACAAGGUGCGGAAUAUCUAUAUAAUGGGUGGGAAUUACAGAGGCAAGGGAAAUGUAACGAAAAGUGCGGAAUUCAAUUUUCGCCUGGAUCCAGAGGCUGCCCACAUUGUCUUUGAAAGUUUCACCAAACCAAUGAUGGUGGUGCCCUGGGAGACCUGUAUUGAUGGUGAUAUGAAUUAUGAUGCUGAUUGGCGUUUUGAAGUGCUAUCCAAGGUCGAUUCAAAAGUCAUGCAUUUAAUGAACACUGUAGAGAAUUCCUUAUUACGUCCCUUGGGUUAUGCGAAAUGGAUUAUUUGUGAUGCGGUCUUGGUUGCAGCCUUUCUAUUUCCGGAACUCAUAAUCACUAGGAGCCGUUUAUAUCAUGCCACUGUGGAGUUGACGGGACAACAUACCCGUGGCCAAAUGGUCCUUGACCACAAGCGAAUGGAUGCGGGCAAUGCAUGUGUGAUUAUGUCGGUUCAUACAGAUAAUUAUAGACAAAUUGUGGCCUGGACUGCAGGUCUAUUGGGAGAUGAGGGGAUGGAAAAAAUAUUAUGUGAUUAA